AUGCCAACCGUGAACUCCUCAGCCUCGUACACAGAGUUCAUCCUUCUUGGAUUUCCGGGGGUCUCGGAGUACCGACAGCUCCUGGUUAUGCCGUUUUCCACCAUUUACAUUGCGAUCGUGAUUGGUAAUUCCGCCAUCAGCUACAAUGUAGUGGUGGAGAAGACUCUCCGCGCCCCCAUGUACUCCCUUUUCGCUCUUCUGCUGGCUGUGAACGUUGGGUGUACGAGUGCCGUGAUGCCCACCAUGCUUUUGGGUUUUGUCCGCCGCGUCCGCGUCUCCCUCGCCGGCUGUCUCGUUCAGAUGUUCUCAGUCUACGUCAUGGUGAUGCUGAAGUCAGUUUCUCUCCUGGUAAUGGCUAUGGACAGAUAUAUCGCGGUCUGCAUGCCGUUACGCUAUCAGAAGAUCGUGACAAAGCGCUUCGUGCUCCAGAUGCUGUUUUGGGGUCUUUUCCGGAAUUGCGCUCUGGCCGCCGUUGUGGUGAUCUUGGCCUCUAAGGUUCACUACUGCAAAUCCAACGUUAUCCUCAACUUCGUUUGUGAAAACUUUCUUCUCCUCCAACUUGGCUGCGGAGACGUCUCCAGACUUCAGGUUGUGGGGCUGACGGUGAGGACCGUGGUGACGGUUUCGGACAUGGGCAUCCUCUUGGUGUCCUACACUAAGGUCCUUCACGCGGCCAUGAAGAUUGCGGUGGGAGCUUCUCGGCAAAAAGCCUUGCACACCUGCACCACGCACCUUCUGGUGGCCGUCCUGAUCUACACGUUCGGGUUAUCAUCCUCGGUGAUGUACAAGGUAGAGAAAUUCAUUUCACAUGAUGCUCAAAACCUCUACGGGGCCAUUUAUUUCCUGUUCCCAGCCGCCAUUAAUCCGAUUAUCUACGGACUAAGAGUUAAAGAAAUUAAGGAUUGUCUGAUGAAGAGAGCGAAAAGGAAAUGUUUCUGCUAA